AUGACUGGACAUUUCUGCGUAGAUAUUCAGCAAGAAGGCGAGAGCAACAAAGCAGGUCGAGGGCUAGGUCUGCUCCAUUGGCUCGUCUCAGGCAUCUAUAAUUUGUCAGGAAUGAAGGAAAUACAUAAGAUGAAGGUGCAGCAUGCACAAGCAGCUGGAAUUCUAAACCUAGUUUGUGAGAAUCUGGUAUAUUUGAAUGAAGUAAAGAAGAAUAUGGUUGGAAAAGCAAUGACAUCUGUAGCUAAAGAAGAGAAUGUUGAGUUUUUGUUGCGAGUAACAAAGGCAAACCCAGAAUUAAUCACGCUAGUCAGUUUUGGCCAGCCAGACUUGACCAUUUUCUUUGACGCUGUUGAAUAUCGUAGAGCUGAGAUUUUCAACCUCCUCUGUGGUUUUCGCUUUAAGAAUGUGGUGGCGACAUUAGUUGAUUUGGAGAACUCAAAUACCUUGCUGCAUGUGGCAGCUAUGUUGGCCCCUUCUUCCUACCUUAAUCGGAUCCCUGGUGCCACAUUGCAGAUGCAAAGGGAAAUCCAAUGGUUCAAGGCCGUCGACAGUGUGGUGGAUGCGGGAACUAGGCUAUCCGUAAACACGAACAUGUUGAACCCUCUAGAAUAUUUCAAAGAAAACCACAAAGAACUUAGGGCUCAAGGAGAAAAAUGGAUGAAAGAAAUAGCAUCUUCAUCAACCAUAAUGAUCAUGUUACAAUAUAACUUAUCACGUUUAUGGGUUACUCUUCCUAUUAUUGUGCUUGCUGGUAUUCCAGUAACCAUCUUUGUACUAUUACAAUUCCCUCUUCUUGUUGAAGUAACUUCUUCCACUUAUGGUUCUGGCAUCUUCAAGAAGGUGGAGAAGUGGCCAUGA